AAUGAGUCCUCCUUGUUAAACGUCUUGAAACCACAACGAACACACGUAACAGUUUUUAAAUCUUUUAACUUAACUUUUAUUACAUCUUUUGGAAAAAACAACUCCAACUUCGAGCUUUUUCUACCACAAUUAUCACAAAAAUCCAUGUGAGAUUGCGAAGGGGCUGUAGAUCAAUUCAGACGGAGUUUCUCCUUUUUUUUUUUUUUUUGGAUCCUCAUGUGCCGCGGGAUUUUUGUCAAGGUUAAAGUGUGCCGUGGCUCAAAAAAGGUUGAAAAACACUGGUUUAGUUCAUGGUUUUAUAAGAGAAGUUGACAGUUUUCAAGUUUGAAAUUAAAUGGUAAAUGGCAUAUACUUAUACAGCGCUUUAAUACCUUCUUAGAAGGCCCAAAGUGCUUUACAGUCACAUUCACUCAUGCACACACACAUUCACACACUGAUGGCGGCUCUGCUGGCAUUGGCACCAACCUAUAACCACCAGGAGCAACGUGGGGUUCAGAAUCUUGCCCAAAGACACUUCGUCACAUCGGCGGGUAAGGCAGGAACCGAACCUCCAAUCUUCUAAUCAGAGGCCGACCACCCAUCUGCAUCAUGGCCACCCAUAAAUAAACAAAUUGCAUAGUAAAUUUGAUAAAAACAUCAAUAAGAAAUACAAAAUUACCUUAAAGAAAUGUGUUGCCGAUUUCUCCUCUCAGGCUCUUUAACAUUGUCCAUCUUUUAUGCAUAUUGUAUUAGUAGACUCAGGAUAUUGCAUUACACUCCUGCGUGAUCCCAUCAUCCAUCUGCAUUUUUUUUUACCUUAAACCCUCAGGAAAACCACAAGUGUUAAGAUCUGGUAUGACUAAUAAAUUAGAGAUAAAUUAGACAGCGUCACAGGAAAGUGACUCCUUAGAUUUGCGCACAUUUUCUAUGAACAUGAAAGUUACAACUCCCGAGUUUUUUUCUCCGAUCCAACCAUUAAUACAACUGUUUUGUAUGUGAAUACCCCUGUGUCAACCAUUUCAUAACUCUCUCUGAACUUUUUCACGAUACUUGUACUUGUAACAGCUUCCAGUACACAUGAACAAACUUUAAAGGAAAUAAUCACUUUUCUGUAUAGACAGCCAUGGGGUGAACAAUGUUGGCGAUUUUCAGGCAGUAGGUACAAGACCAAACCACUGUGAGACAUAGAGUGGUGGAGCUCAGUUUUCAGAUCUUCAAAAUGUUGAUUUUUUGUUUUUCAAAGAUUCCUAUGAGUCCCAUUGGCAUGUGCUUCCUUUGUAUAUAAUCUAAUUAAUCUAUUUUUAUGUGAAAAAUUUGGAAUUGCUUUCCAUUUGAUCGGUUUCUGCCUAUUUUUGCCAAAUCCCCAUGUCCAUCCCUAAUAGACUAAACUUAUCCCUCUUUUAGUACUUUUAGUUACGUUUUUAAGGAAAACUGUACAGAUGUGAGGCUGUGCAUGGAGAGAAAAUUGCUUCACUAUUAAAGACUGAAAAAUUAACCAUUUCUCUAAUCGCAUAAUGGGAACACAAUGUUCACAAGGGCCUCUUUACUGGUGUGCUGAUUCAGCAAAGGUGUGCAUUAGAUGAGGAGGAACCCUAACAGAGUCUCGUUAAUUAGGUGACCCACUGAUUAGUCUGGCUUUGUACACACGUUUAAUCCAAACACAAGAUCAGAUUGGAAUUGUUCGGAGCCACUGAAUCAUUCCGUGUUUGCCUUCCUUUCCUUUUGUGCCGUGUUUACCCUGCGAAGGCUCCUCUCUGUGUUGAUUCAUUUUGUGCUAAACAAGCUGUAACCAUCUGUUCUUGCACAAUGGACCCAUUUUAUGUGGCUUUUGAAAAACCUGAUAGUACAAAUGUUAUCUAGGCUACUCAGUAAGGCGCGACACAUUCACUCCAAGGAUGAUCCAUCUUCAGAAAUCCAUCCAAACUCCCAGAACUGUUUUUCUUUCAAUCUCUCUCCUGCUUUCGGAAUGUUUAUAAAGUUUGUCUUCAUGUGUUUUAAUAUUUUUCUCUAACCAAUCUGUUCUAUAUAAUGUCAUGACAAGGAAAAAUUCUACUUUUCGAAAAAGUAAAGAGGAUUGACAGUAGAAGGGCAAAGAGAUGGAGUGAGUGGUUCCUUAAUUCCUCACACGUGCUCGACAGAAUUAUUAUUCUUUGAAGGUCCUGUUGCGUUUUUCUCCUAGUGCUUCCUUUUUGAUCUGCAUACUGCUUAGCCUUGCUGGUAAGAGUGGUUCAGCACAAAACGUCACUCAUAUUUAAUGCAUUUGGAUUCCGUCCAUCCUAAUAACAAUCACACGUUUUCUUUAGAGUGUAAAAGUGUUGAUUCCUUUUUUAAUCAAAACUCAUACUCAAAACUGAUGCAUUAAAUCAGUGUUUUUUUUAAUGAUUUAAUUUGUUAUUUUUCUUGUCACUUGUUCAUUUGUGUUAAAAAAUGUAACCAUGGACACCAAACAAGCUUUACAACUAUGUAAACAAAAGGAGAUGAGUAUUUUUAUAGUCAACACAUGAUUAAAUAAUGAAUUGCUUUCUUCUCACUAGUACCUUGCACUUACCACACGUACUAAAGGAAGAAUAUGUCCAAAUACACAGUAUUUGUGAAAUAAUAAAUUUCCUUGCAGGUUAAUGCUCCAGUUUUGUACAAUAAACAUAUAUGCUGUACAGUAAAGACAUUUUAAAACUACAAAACUCUUUUAGAUAUACCUUAUUUAUUUUUAACAUUUUGUAAUUUAGACACUAUACUGUAGCUUCAAUAUUGCCAGACUUACUGGAAGUGCCUAUAUUGGUAUUAUGUAUCAUACAGUGAAUAUAUUUGAAGAUCAUUAGACUUUGUCACAAACUGAAACAUGUGGAUGUUGUAAUGUGAAUACAAUGAAUUACAAAAUUACAAUCCCUGUCGUAUCCUGUGUUGUCGAUGCAUCACUUUUGGUUGAAGGCAUUAUGUGUUACAUUCAUGAAGGCAUGACGGGAUGAUAGAUUUAUUCAGAUCAACACUGCAGUGUAUGUGAAAGGUUGCAUGUAUGAUCAAGUAAGUCCUGCUUUUCCAAAAAAUGUGAUUCCAUUUAAAAAAAAAAAAAAAGAGAGACCAAAACCAAAAUAAGAGAAAAAUAAUAAAAAAUCUCAAGAAAACAUUUUAUAUAAUCACAUGUCAUGCAGACACUUCAGAAUGCUUUGAUUAAAAAACAUUGUAAAUGCACAAUAUAUAUGAGCCACAAGGGAGAGGUAAAAUGUAAAAGAGCCACAUGUGACUCUGGAGCCAUAAGUUGCAGACCCUGAUUUAGACAUUUAGCCAUUCAAGGUGAUCCAAGUGUAGUUUCUUUACCUUUCAUUUAGUUUAGUUAUUUAUUUAUUUUUACACAACAUUUAAUAAAUGUAUUAAGAGAAAAGGCUAAACUUCUACCAUCUGAGAUUUAAAAAUGCACAUGAAAAGGCUCUGUAAUGUGCAGCAUUCCUAAGAUUGUACGGUUCUUUAAGAGUCUUAACACAGGAUUAAAAUUCCCUCUUGACAAACAAGCACUCCAUAUCCUUGGGUGUACUGGGGUCAUAGGAAAAUAGGAUCUAUUUCUUUGUUAUUUAUAAGAUGUAUAAUGAAAACAGUACAGAAGUGAUCUUGUGGAUAACGGUUGACUGCAUUGUGGUCAUUAUACUAGGCUUUCCCAAUGAAUUUUACAGGUGUUUUACAGUGUGUAAAACGAUCAAAAUGGCUUGCCAUACAAUCUACGUCACCCAUGCUACAGGUUCUCAAAGUGUUUUAAAUUAAGUUGCUGAAUGUUGCAGCGACUGACCGACACCAAUGACUUCCCACAGAGUCGGGGUUUCGCCAUUUUCCAUAUACUGUAAAACAUUAGGUGCGCUUGUUCCUGCAAGGUGAACGGUAUCCGGUCUGUCGCCUCUGUCAGUGCAGACGAGCAGCCUACAGGACAUUUAUGAAGAGCAUUUCGUUUUUUAUGGCUGUUUUUUUUUCGACUGAAAACGGGAUUUCAUUCGGUGUAAAUGUGCAGACGCUUCUAUUCGAGAGAAAGAUUUGAACGUUGCUUAAGUUCGGUGUGGAAAAGGCAUUGAAACCAACAUUGCUAAGGAAGCAAAAACUAGGAGGUUACCAUGACAAAAACAGACCGAACACCCACAACAGGAUGGACUCUGGACCACAAACCUGCUUAUUCACCUAUGAUGAACCCCAAUCUGAAGAUGUUUCUUGCAGCUUUGUCCUUCGCUUACUUUGCCAAAGCUUUAUGUGGCAGCUACAUGAAAAGCACAAUAACACAACUAGAGAGGAGAUUUGACAUCCCCAGCUCUCUGAUUGGUGUCUUAGAUGGCAGCUUUGAAAUCGGUAAUUUGCUGGUAAUUGCUUUUGUAAGUUAUUUUGGGGCAAAACUUCACCGGCCCAAGAUCAUAGCAGUCGGCUGUAUUCUGAUGUCUUUAGGCACAUUCUUAAUCGCCAUGCCUCAUUUCAUUACAGGCCGCUAUACGAUCGAAACAACCAUUAGAUCGCCAGUGAAUUCAACAAAUACCUUGACUCCAUGUCCAGUGAGAACCUCAGCAGAAUCCUCUUGGAAGUAUGAAGAACCCUCCUUACUGCCUACUAGGGGCUGUGAACAAGAGUCAAGUGUUUCAAUGUGGAUAUACGUUUUACUGGGAAACAUCCUGCGAGGCAUUGGAGAGACACCUGUACAGCCCUUGGGGAUCUCUUACAUUGAUGAUUAUGCCCAGUCUGAGAAUGCCGCUCUCUAUAUUGGUUGUGUGCAAACCAUAGCAAUUAUUGGUCCUGUUUUUGGGUACUUGCUGGGGUCACUGUGUGCUAAAAUCUAUGUUGACAUCGGCUACGUGGAUAUGGAUAUGGUCACAAUUACCUCCAGUGAUGCACGCUGGGUAGGGGCAUGGUGGCUGGGCUACCUUAUCGCUGGUGUGAUCACCCUCAUGUCAGCUGUCCCUUUCUGGUUCCUGCCAAAAUCCCUGCCUAUACCUGUGGACAAACAUGACAGGAGCUGCUCUCCAGAUCAAACCAGGUUCAUCAAAGAUUCUCCAAUUAUGACCCACAAGAUCAGACAAGAGGAGCCAGCAAAUUUAUAUCUGAUGGCCAGUGAAUUUGUUCCGACACUGAAGACUCUGUUUGGAAAUCCUGUCUACACCAUCUACCUUUGUGUCACAAUCCUUCAGUUCAACUCUCUCAUUGGUAUGGUCACCUACAAACCUAAAUACAUUGAGCAGCAUUAUGGUCAGUCAGCAUCAAAAGCCAAUUUUUUCAUGGGCAUGGUGAACAUCCCAGCUGUAGCUGUUGGGAUGUUCUCUGGCGGGGUGGUCAUGAAAAGGUUCAAGAUGGGUGUCAUGGGAGCAGCUAAAUUUGCCUUUGGGACAUCCUUGCUUGGUUUCUUUCUGUCACUUCUUUUUUUAGCUAUGGGAUGUGAGAACUCAAAGGUAGCUGGCCUCACAGUUUCAUAUACGGGAGUUCAAGGUUUAUCCCACCAGGAACAGUCCCUCUUUUCAGACUGUAACUCCGGUUGCUUUUGCUCAAGCAAAGGUUGGGAUCCAGUGUGUGGAGAGAAUGGGAUCACCUAUGUAUCCCCUUGUUUGGCUGGAUGCACUUCAGCCUCUGGCUCUGGAAUAAACAUCACGUUUGACAAUUGCAGGUGUGUAGGAGUGUCUUACAUCAAGUCGGGCAACUUAACGGCCAUUCUGGGCAAGUGUCCACACAGAGAGAGCUGCGACAAAGUCUUUCCAUAUUUCAUGGCUUUAUCCGUCCUCAGUUCCUUCGUCAUUUCUCUCGGAGGAACACCUGGUUUUAUGCUGCUCGUCAGGUGCAUUAAACCUGAGUUGAAAUCCCUCGCUCUUGGAAUCCACACGUUGGCCACUCGUACUCUGGCUGGAAUACCAGCUCCCAUAUACUUUGGGGCUAUCAUCGAUACGACCUGCCUCCAGUGGGGAUACAAAAUGUGUGGAGGAAAAGGCGCUUGUAGAAUAUAUGAUACAUCAGCUUACAGGGUAGUGUAUUUGGGCCUCACACUGGGCUUGAGAACUCUUUCUUUUAUAUUUUGCAUUUGGGGCUUUGCUUUGCUCAAGAAGCACCUCAGCAGGGAGGAGAAGAAGGCUCUGACCAAUGGGAGUGCUGAGAUGGAGCUGCUGAGGAAAGAGGAGAACAGCUGUGUGCACGGUGAACCGUUCAUGUUGGGCUUAGACUGCGAUGUGGAUCGAGAAACUGACUUGUGAGCCCUCGUCUGACCCAACUCCCAUGGCACCUCAUACUAUGGAGCGUGGCCACACCUGACAGUUUUUAUAGCACAAAGGUUGUAUUUGUACAUGAACGGAGUACACACGACAUCUACAAAUUGUAAGUUUUUGUGUGUUUUGAACAAAUUGAAGACUUUUGUUACAAAAACAGGAAAGUAUGCAGUUUUUUAAUACUGGAUUAUUGAUCCAUGCUGGUAAUAGUUCAAUAGCUACCAUUAUGUCAGUUUUGUGCUUGUGGAUUGGCUUUUCUGACCCUGUUAUAACACAGAUGCAUGACAAUGACAUUUAGAGUAGAUCAAGGGCCUUUGUCCUUUAGACACGAAGUCAUAACUUCUUGUUAAUUACACUUUUUUUAGCUGAAAACCCCCCACUUUUGUAGGAAUUCUAAUGUGAACUGUUGUGCCUUGAGUAUUACAGUGUUGUGUUUUGUCGCUUCAGUAAUGCGAAACAGAGAUAUGAAACCACAUUAAUGCAC